UGUGAAGUCGGGGGAGGAAGUCAUCAUCCAGCAUUUAGAUUUAAACGCUGUGGUUAUUGUGAUCAUCUCUAGUAAAAUCGCCAUGCGUGGCCUGACUGCACACAUUAGUCCAUUCCCUGUGCGGCUGGUCUGCGUGUUUAUACCAUAGCGCUCUGCUGCGAUGUGGUUUAACGAUACACACCGUUAGCAACUGUCAGACUCACAUUACAGCCACAAACUGCCGGACACACACUGGUGAGUGGGGUUAACGUUGUUAGCAGGCACCCCGGCUAACGUUAGCUAACCGUAGCUGGAAACAGAUGAAGCCGUGUCUGCUCCAAGCUGCUCCGGGGCCCGAAUCCACCACAAGAAAACUGCUGUAACCCAAAGUUAAACCAAGUUAGCUGUACCAGGAGCCAUGCGCUGAGAGGUAACCCCGUCUCCUGCCAGAGAAACCAGCUCCGUGCUGCGGGGCUUCGCUCGGGCUCACAUCAGAUGGAGGACAAAUUCACUGCAGUCAUCUUAUCCGCUGAUUUUGUAAAUUCAGCUGCUAUGCCUUCUGUUGGACUGCUUUUGUAAAAGUGGUAGCCAUGGCUUCUCGUAAGGUAGACGAGCUACCAAGUGAGAGCAAGGAUUUAGCUUCAGUCUCCGGGCAGCUUUCCCGAUGCGGCCCAGAUGACAUCACAGAGGAGCUUCAGUCGGAUGUGAUGAACGCUGCGGUGAAAUCUCAGAAAUCUGGAAGAUUUAGGAGGACUGCCCUGACAUUUUUUGGGGUUCGUAAAAGCAUCUGUAUUUUGCCCAGUUUUUUCGGAGGAAGGAGUAAAAAUCAGAACAAGUGGUCCUCCAAGAAAGGGAUCCCGAAAAGCAGAACGCACGACGGGCUAAGCAAGGCUAGUCAUGAUGACAAUCUGAGAGGUGGGUACGCCUCAGCUGGAGAUUUUGAGUAUCACAGCCGGAGGGACCCUGCUGGAGAGCUCCACAGUAGCUGCCACAAUGAAUGUAGUCACCCCACUGCUGACCAGAAAUCACUGACUCUCUCACGGCAGAAAAAGGGUCUGAGGGGUCUUUUUCACAGUUUUAAGUACCACAGAAACCAUAGAAAUGCUGGAUUGGAUAAAACUGAAAUGAUUGCAAUGACCUCUCCUCACUGCAAGAAAGAGGUGCCUGUUGUCCAGGACAACACCAACCAGUAUGUCACAGAGUGCCUGGGAUCUGAGCCUGAUGUGCCUGAUUUUGCAGAUGUUAUAUGUGAUAUUUCCAUUGGUCCUGAAUGUAUUGAGGCUGAUGUGGUGGGAUUAGAGAAGCGUGUGGAGCAAGAAAGCCCAAAGUCUGAGCUUGAUGACCAGAUGUGUGAUGAUCAGAUGGAGGAGAUGAAUUUGGUGGCCGCAGUGAGUGAGUAUGAGGAGAGCUCUAGAGGGCACAGCGAGCCUUGUCUGGAACUUCAGACCAUGUCCGAGCCUGUGCUGAAGUCGGAAACACCCGCUGGCUCAUCGGAUCAGAUAAACCUGAUUUUUGGAGACGUCGCAUCAUUAAAGAGCUUUGAUUCGCUCACUGGCUGUGGGGACAUUAUUGCAGAUCAAGAAGAUGAUAGCAUCACAGAGAGCACCGUUUCUGGAGAAAGGAGCAGAAAUGGAGGAAAGAGGGCCUCCUGUUAUCUUACUUAUCAGGGUGGCGGUGAAGAAAUGGCCUCGCCGGAUAAUUUGGAUGAACAGUGUCUUCAUGAUUUCUGGGGAAAUAACGCCUCAGAGGAAAUCUGCUAUACUUGCAACCAAGACCAUGCAGAUUUGACUGCUGACCUGACAAGUUCUCACAAUAUGGACUUGCUAAACAGUAACAGUGCACAGCAAGCCAGUGGCAUGGACAUUUCCUCAAUUGCUGAUGUGUUAACUCCUCAAAGUGAGCAUCAAGAAUCAGUUCCAAAUAGUGAUGAGGGCUACUAUGAUUCAACUACCCCAGGGCCAGAUGAAGGACAAGAAAAAGCUGACAGACUGAGGACAGACAGAUUGCCCAGAGACAGUUACAGUGGUGAUGCCCUCUAUGAACUUUUUGCGCCUGAUGAGAGUCUCAUCAGUCCACAUUACGAAAACAAAUCAAAACUGCCCGGUUCAAAUCAGUGCGAGUAUUUAAGCGAGGCAGUUGACGUGACAGAUUCUGCCUUUGUUCCAGAAAUGAAUCGAUUACAAAUAAGUGCUGAACUGUACAACGUUCACGAUUAUCUAGAGAGGCCAAGCACAUGCGGUAAAUCCUCAGAGCUGGCGCAGAAUGUGGUUGGUCGGCAGGAGAUCGCGGCGAAUAAAAACUGUAACUUGAAUUCAAAACCUCAAGCAUCAGUCAACAAGAAUAUUACCCAACCGGAUAUACUUGAUGAAAAGGAAAACAUGCUCGCUUCUGCUGAAAAAAGAACAAAAUCCAUAAAUGCAGAUUGCGAGAAAAGGCACAGCAGCAUAUCAUUCGGAAGCACAUCUGACCCAGAUUUUGAAACAUUUUGUGAACCCAAAGAGCAGCAUCUUGAGGAAAACAAGCCUGUGGCUUUACCGUACAGAAAUAUCAAUUCUCAGUCUCCAGAUUGUAGCAAUGAUUUGGAUGAUGGGCAAACUGUGAGUUUCUCUCAAGCACUCGUGGACUACACAAAACACUCUCAGAUGCUGAGUAACUUGCAAAACAAUGUGAACGAUUUGGAGACAAACUCUGCCUUCACUCCAAAUAUGCAGGCCUUACCUACCAUAGUCACAUUUGAUGUAGUGGACAUGCAUAACGAGGGCGAAUACGAUGAGCAGAUUCACAUGGAACUGGAGGAGGACAUUUCGUCGCCCUAUCAGGAAUUUGAAGAAAGCUACCUACAAAAAGAUGCGUUUGCUGAAUGUGACUAUCAGAUGUUAGACCUGUAUGAACAGAACCUGAUCAGUAAUACAUGGGCAAUCGCUAGUCUCCCACGGCACCUAGGCCUUACAAGAGUGAGUCAGUCCAUGCCUAAUCCGUUGUCUCUAGACAGGAGAAGUAGGUCUCUGGACACAGAAAGCCUUGAGUUGAAGAUGCCUGACACAUACAGAGAGAACAGAGCUGCUAUCGUUUCUUGUGCUCAAACUGAAAAGGACUCUGAAAGAGAUUCCUCACCAUAUUACAAAAAGAAUGUACUCGUGUCUGCGUCUGAGGUUCGAGACAGUAGCAGCAUUAUGGCCUUAUCAUGGCAAACAAGGUCAGAAAUGGCUUUAAGCCUUCCUCUGGAGGAUGGGGAAAUUGCUGAGAAAGUACAGGGUCUCGGUCAAACCCAAGUAAAACACAAAAUAUUUUCCAGUUCAUCCAGCAGUGAUUUUCCUAACAUUAAAACACAACAUCUUUGCUCUAAUGUGUCGGACAGAGUGUCCUGUGAUUUAAUUCCACAGAAUACAGAGCUUUACAAUAGGCAGUGCCACCUUCCCAUGCAACCAGAUUCUUGUUCACCUCAUAGCACCUUUGUUUAUUCUGGAAUGAUGGCGGAGGUACCAGGCGAUGUUGACGAAGAUAUGUUUUGUAAACCUGCCACUAAUUUGCAGUCCUACAGUCAGUGUGGCAAAAGCAGACCGCUGGCUAGUAGGGAGGGAAUGUCUCACUCUGGAAGUCCUGUGAACGCAGGUGUGUCUAAAGAAGAAAUGGCUGUCCUCAGUGAAACAAGAACACCCAGGGAUGUGGCGACCUGCAACCAAGUCCCCGAGGCAGCCUUUGAUUGAGAGGCUCUCAGGCAUACAGUUGGCUUUAAGAUCACAUGUUUGUGUGCCAGUUAGUGCUUUGACGUUACAUCCGAAAGAGUCACUGUUGCUUAAUUUGUACUUGGGCAACUGAUUCCUUUGAAAAGUUCCUGCACACUGUGAUAGACAGGACAUGAAUUGAAAUCUGAAACUAUGUGCCAUCAUGCCGAGUCGAGUACAACGCUGUCUUAUUGGGAGGUCAAAAGGGAUUUUCUGCAUUUGCACAGAAACAGUUGUUUGCUUACACUUCACAUACGUACAUGUCAGUCCAUCUCAUUAAGCUGUUGAGUUUUAUUAGAAUGUUUAAACCCAUAUGUAGCUUCAGUUCCCAGGUCUCAAUAAUACUGCCACACUUUGUUCACUGGGUAUUCAUUAGCCUGGUUUCCAUAGCACAGCCAAAUGGGGCUUGUUCAGUCUUGUUUACUUUGCCCCUAAACACAUGUAUACUUCAAGUGUGGGCUCAUAUUUGUGUUAGCAGCUUUUUCACAGCCUCUUUGCUCCAGUAUGGUUUAUGUUGGCCUGUCAUGAUGCUCAGAUUUACUGUUUGUAGCUGUUUUCUAGGUUAACCUAAUUUCAGGCCUGUAGUUUCACGGAGAGAAAAUGCUUCAUUCACAAUAUAAAACAUAUUUCCUAAUACCUUCAUGGGGUACAUUUGAAGUGCAUUAAAAUGCAUUUGACUUAAUCUAAGAACAUCUAGCAGCUAGUUCUUCCCCUCAAUCCAGAACAGGAUUAGAAGGUAAAGGAAAUGUACAGAUGGACUGAUAGUUCUUGUAUGUUAAUUUCAGCUGCCACUUCAUUUACACACUGUAGAUAGAGUCAGUACUUUUAUUUGCAUAGCACAUUUCACACACAGUUGCCCUGUGUAUGAAAGCGCUUUACGCAAGACAUUGAAGAAACGGCGUAGAACGAACCAUUUUAUCUCUAAAAUGAUAGAAGAAAAUAAAUCAAGGAAAAAAAGGCUUGUCGUACCUAAACCUUAGUGUGUUUGCUUCUGUCCUGACAAGCCAAUGUAGCCGUGCUGUGGCUGCUGGUUUUCUCUGGUCCCAUUUUCCAACAGCGUGACCACAUGUGAAGUGCGGAGUUCUUGCUGAAAUGAUGCACUCCAUUAUUGCAUUACUGUAAGCUUGUGAAAUGAAAAAGUAGUUUGAUUUUGUUUGGAACUGAAAUGAUGUGUCUAAAAAAACAGGUAUUUUCACCUUUUAUCAUUUUCUUGAGCAUUUAAUGUUGGAUCGGUCGGAGAUUAAUCUGUCAGAUGAUGUUUUUUCUUUUUUUAUAGCGUAAUAUUGAAAUGUCAAAGAAUUUGUAUUUAUAUUCAAAGCUAUUUGUACACUGUAACAUUGUAUUGAAAAUGGUUCUUACAAAUUGGCAAUAUUCAGUUUUUUUUUGUUGAGUUUUAAAAUUUUGUUUGUUUUUUAUUGUUUCACAGUUAUAUCCAUGUUACAUUAGGGAUUCCUCUUGAAAAUCUGUUACUGUUUUGUCAGAGUAGAACACUGCCUUACACUAAAAUAAACACGACAAGACGUAAUCUUU